AUGGCUUCCUCCGUUCGUGGGUCCGUCGUUGGCGUGUCAUCGACGAACCUCGGCAUGUGCGCUUGCUGCCGCCGCGCCGAUACCGCCAAGGCCAUCCGCAAACGCCGUCGUCGAGCUGCACCCUUCCUCCCUGCGCACCGUCAAAAACCUCUCGCCCACGACGCGCCCUCGUCCUUUGACGCCCAGCUUCCCCGCUCCGAGCAAGCACCCGUCGGGCUCUCCCUUGCUCCCCGUCGCCGUCGACGACGGUGCCCUGCCAUCAUGGUCGCCGACACGCUCGUCUACCACCCUUCGGUGGCUCACUACCUUCGCUUCGUCGCGACCACCGUCGGCCGAGACAAGCUGCUGCGGACGAUCCAGUACUUUGCUCGCUUCUACGCCUGGUACCUGCUCCGCACCAACGGCACCAACGACCAGAUGGCCCCUUGGAACGCCAUGAAGAAGCAGUUCGGCCUCACCCGCAAGAUCCUCCGCUUCGGAAAGGCCGUCGAGCACGUCAAGGCCGCCGCCGUCGCCGCCGACGCCAAGUCCCUCGACCCCUUCCUGCGCUACGCCGCCUUCGGCCGACAGGUCGGUUACGCCGGCUACCUCUCCUUCGAUGCCAUCGCCCUGCCCGAUGCCAUCGGCGCCCGCAAGUGGCAGGGCGCUCAGAACGCCCAGCGCCAGGCCUAUCGUUUUUGGGCCAUGGGCCUCGUCUUCAGCCUCGCCUCCCAGCUGUACACCCUCUACCGCCUCAAGCAGCGGGAGGCCAAGAUUGACCGCAAGGACGGCGAAGGUGUCGUCGAGAGCAAGCGCAUCGCCAUCGAGAGAUCGGUCAGCCAGCUCCAGCUGAUCAGCGACAUUGCCGACCUCACCGUCCCCACCUCAGCCCUGGGCUGGAUCGGCUUCGACGACGGCUUCGUCGGCCUAGCCGGUACCCUCAGCAGUUUGAUCGGCGUCUACACGCAAUGGAAGAAGACGGCUUGA